AUGGAACAAUACAUCCAAGAAGUGGCAGACGUCAGCUGGCAAGUCUUCACGCAAUGUGUCACCGAAAGUGAAGGUGCUGUGGCUACCUUAGAUAUGAGCCAAUUUACGCAGGCGUUCGCAUUCGAUGUUCUUGGAGAGGUUGGCUUUGGCGGCAGCUUUGAUCUUGUGAGAACGAGGGGACAAGGAAAAGGGAAUGCCAUCGUUCAUGCGGUGGGUUUAAGUUUUCUGGCGCUGGCAAAUCUUGGAUAUAUUCCAGGGCAAUCGCGAUGGUUAAAAUCAAAAGCGUUUAUUACACUUUGCAGAUUGGCCGGUAUUGAUCUCAGCAAGCUGCAACAACUGUUUAAAACCACGCAAUACUCUGAAGAACUCAUUUUAGGAAGGCAACAGGAAGCGAGACGCACGCGCACCGAUCUGCUACAGCAAUUCAUCGAUGCUAGGACUCGGGAAGGAAAGCCCUUGGUACAUCAGGAGCUCCUCGGCGAGGUUGUAAGCUUGCUGGGAGCAGGGGCCGACACGACGGCAAUCGGAAUCCGAGCGGCCUUGGGUCCUUUAAUUCUCCAUCGCACAGCUUCUUGCAAGGUAGCAGAGGAGAUCGACAGGUUCUAUGUCGCAAACAUCCCCAAUGGUGGUAGCGACCGGGAGAUAACGUACAGAGAAUGUUUAACCCUGCCGUACCUCCAAGCGGUGAUCAAGGAAGGUCUACGCAUGCACCCGUCCAUCCAGUUUCAACUUCCUCGAUACGUCCCAACCGGAGGCGUCACAAUCCGCGGCACUUAUAUUCCUGAAGGCACGGAGGUCUCCAUGUCACCUGUCGCCAGCAAUCGUGAUACGGCUAUCUUCGGUGAAGAUGCGCAUAUUUGGGACCCAGACCGAUGGCUAGUGGAUAAGGAGAGGGCAGCUCGGAUGGACAAACAUCUUGCAACAGUAUGUUAUGAUGCCCCAUCGUACCAAAAUCACUGA